UGAGGCCCUUGCCCUACAAGGUGAAGGCCACGUCCCGUGAAUCCCCCACGCAGAAGGCCUCCCACGUCCUCGACUCCGACCUCCGCACCCACUGGUCCACCGCAACCAACACCAAAGAGUGGAUCCUCCUCGAGCUCGAUGUAGAACCCUAAACCCUCCCUUCUUUAUCGCUAUCCUUCUUGCUUCUUGCGGUAGAUGUUGUAAAUCGUCUACAUAGAGGUGCCCAUAUGAUUGAUAGAACUCAUACAGCCUGUUAGAUCCAGGCCGUAGUAAUGUUUAUGACACCGUGUGGCGAUCUUUGUGUCCUAGAAAGAUGGAAAGGUAUGUCAGCUUAUUAUAAGGCGAUAAAGUAAAGGUGGCUUUUAAUGAAUCUUUCUUUUACUUCUUGGACUACUGUUUUUUUUUUUUUUCCUUUUAAGCCAUUUGGGAAGUUGGAAUAUAUGGAUGGGACUGGAAAAUAUAACCUAAACAAUGUUGCCGGCUCUGUCGCUAUUACUUAGCUAUAAGAAUAAUCCCUAAAUUACCUAUAUUUAGGAGUGAGUAAUGUUUCAAAUAUCUGACCUACACAAUUGUGCUGACUUUGUCAGUAUUAUUCUGCUACAUAAGUAUUUGCCUUGUUCUUCCCCCCUUAAUUUUCUACCACUCUGUCCUCUCUCCGCCGUGUCUCGUUAGUGGCUAUCUUCAACUGUCUGAAGAAACUUGCUUUAGUUUCCUUCAUAUACACAUCCUGAAGAUAUGCUUUUUCUAAAUACUGUGGCUACAAAAAGUUGUGACGCUGCUUUUUCUUCAAUGGUCAAUGAACAAGAUUUUCUUUUUUUACAGGUUGAAUUCGAUUCUUUUGCCCUUUAAAUGCUCAUGCUAGACUUGGAUUCACUUUUAUGUGGCUUUAUAGCCCAUAUUUGAUGACAAAUUUGUUACUUGGUAUAUUCUUUAACUUGUAGGAAGCUUGCCUGCUUUCACAAAUACGGAUCUAUAAUAAAUCUGUUCUUGAAUGGGAGAUCACAGUUGGACUGCGCUAUAAGCCUGAGGCAUUUGUAAAGGUCCGACCACGCUGUGAAGCUCCUAGGCGUGAUAUGAUGUACCCAAUGAACUACACACCUUGCCGUUAUGUACGGAUAUAUUGUCUGCGAGGCAAUCCAAUAGCAAUAUUUUCUAUACAGACUCCUCUGCCAGCUGAUUGGAGUUCCUGUACCUGGAUUGGAACCUGAAUUUCAACCAGUUGUUAAUUACUUGUUGCCUCACAUUGUAUCUCACAAACAAGAUGCUGACGAUAUGCACCUUCAGUUGCUUCAAGACAUUGCAAAGCGGUUGGUAGUAUUUCUUCCCUACCUUGAGGCAGAUCUUACAAGCUUCGCAGAUGCAGCUGAAAGUAAAAUACGCUUUCUUGCAAUGCUUGUGGGUCCAUUUUAUCCAGUACUACGCCUUGUAAUUGAGAGGGAAGCAACAAAGAUGCAGCUUAACCCAGCUGAUUUAGAUGCUUCUAGAAACAACCAAACUUCCAAUCCAACUGUGUCCUCUAACUUUGUGGCGCAACCUAGGAGAUCACGCAGUCCAUCUUUUAUACAACCUGCUUCUGGUUCCAUAGCAUUUCGCUAUGAUGCAGUGUUUGUUGUCUUAAGGAAAGCAUAUAAUGAUACCCAUCUUGGAAUUGUUUGUCGUAGGCUGUCGAGAAUUCUGCAAAGUCUUAUGGAGCCUAAGGAAUCCUUUGAUGAGUCGGUCCCUUAUGGCGACUCAACUCUGUGCUCAAUUUCUGAAGAAAUAGCUAAAAAUGAAGCGACGAGCAACGUGCAUCUAAGUGACUUUUCAUGCUUGUUUGGAGAAGUUUUCAGGAUCGUAGAAAUUCAUUAUGAUGCUGCUUAUUUGAAUUUGUUGGAUACUGCAGCUGUUGAAGAAGGUAUUCUUCAUGUUCUCUAUGCUUCUGCAUCUCAGCCUACUCUUUGUUCCAAGUUAGCUGAUAGCAACUCAGACGUGUGGUCUAUAUUACCUCUUGUACAAGCUUUGCUUCCUGCUCUUCGUCCUCUCAGUAGUAGCUCAACUGAUCAAGUCGAUGAUAGUUUUUGUCAAUGGAAACAUCCUUCGGCACAGUAUGCUCUAUCUCAGAUUGUCAAAAUGACGUCAUCAUCAGUGUACCAACCUCUUAUCCAUGCUUGUGCCGGCUAUCUUUCCUCGUAUUCACCAUCUCAUGCAAAGGCAGCAUGCGUGCUAAUUGAUUUGUGUUCUGGUCCUUUGUCACCAUGGAUAUCUACCAUUAUCUUGAAGGUAGAUCUCACAAUUGAACUUUUGGAGGACCUAUUAAGUGUUAUCCAGGGAAACCGCCAAUCAAUUACUCGUUCGCGUGCUGCUUUAAAGUAUGUGAUAUUGGCCAUAUCUGGGCAUAUGGAUGAUGUACUUGCUGAGUAUAAGGAAGUUAAACAUAAAUUGCUUUUCCUUUUGGAGAUGCUGGAACCUUUUCUUGAUCCUGCUAUAACUGCUGUGAAGAAUACAAUUGCUUUUGGGGAUCAUUCUGCUGUAUUUUUGGAAAAGCAGGAGAGAGCCUGUGCUAUUGCCCUAAAUAUAAUUCGUAAAGCAGUUAAAAAGCAUCCUGUUCUUCCAUCUCUCGAGUCUGAAUGGCGGCGAGGUUCUAUUGCUUCAAGUGUCCUGCUUUCUAUUCUGGAUCCUUACAUGCCAUUGCCUCCUGAUGUUGACAUAUGCAAAAGCUCAACUUCAAAAGUUGAUGAAGAAUCUUUUACCGCUAAUGUGCCCCCUUCUUCUAUAUAUUUUAGCAAUGAUGUUGAUGGGAAGAUGGAUACAUCUGAAGGAAAUAUGUUUGAGGAAAGCAACCUUCUAUUUGUUUCUGCAGAACUGAAACAAUCUAUGCUGUUAAGUUUUGCUAACAUUAAUUCAAUAAACAGUUCCGAUAAAAUCAGCCCAGAAUCCAGUCAUAGCACCUCAGAAGGAAAACCCCUGAAAGAGAGAAUCUCGGCUGGGAUUUUUCGGCUGGACAAUGUUUUCUCCGCUGAUUACCACAAUACACUGGCAGAUUAUCUCCAGCUCUCAAACGUUCACGAUUGUGAAUCAAGAGCUUUAGAAUUUCAAAGAUUAGCGCUGGAUUUAUGCUCCCAGCAUGACAGUACUCUGGAGGGUCACAAUGCUGGGAUAGAUGCCUUACUUUUAGCUGCAGAAUGCUACGUCAAUCCCUUUUUCAUAAAGUCCUUCAGACAAAACACAAAGCUGAUUAAUCAGAUUGAUAGUAUUCGCUCAAAAUUAAUUCAAGAAACUGAUGUUCUGGAGCUUGAUAGGAAAUUUCCAAGGAAAAAUGAUUUGGCUCCAGUAGCUCAUUCUGAAGAAAAAAGGGACAAAACGGUCCUAGAGAUACUCUUACAAGCUGCCAAAUUGGAUGGUGAAUACCAGAAAAGAACAUAUGCUGGUGAACCUUAUCCGGAUGAUGAUGAAGAAAAUAACCGGUUCAUAGAAAUAUCCCUGCCAGAUUUGGAAUUUGCUGAUGCAGUAACUUUGGUUAGGAAAAAUCAGGCUUUGCUUUCUCGCUUUAUCAUACGUCAGCUUCAGAGGGAAGAGCACUCAUCUCUUGAAAUUCUUUUGCAGAGCCUGCUAUUCUUGUUGGAGUCUGCAACUGAACUCUAUUCCCAUGCAGAGAAUGUGAUUGACAUUAUACUGCAUUCUGCUGAAAAUCUUAACAGGCAACUUAUGUCUUUGUACCAUGAAAUGAAAGCAGGAAAUGUACAGUUAGAUCUGGAAAAGCUACAUGGUGUGAGAAGGCGCUGGGUCCUUCUUCAGAAAUUAGUUCUGGCAUCAUCUGGAGAUAAUGAAGGGAUGAAUUCACUAGGCAUUAGAAAAAAUGGUGUUCGAUUUAGAAGUUUAGUCCCUCCGUCAUCGUGGAUUGCGAAAAUAUCAUAUUUUUCAAAUUGUGCUUGCCCACUCCCUCGGCUUCUUGGAUGGAUGGCGGUGUCUCGUUAUGCAAAGGAAUAUUUGAACGAGCGGUUGUUUCUUGCCUCUGAUUUCUCCCAGCUCACCUUAUUACUGUCUAUAUUUGCAGAUGAGCUUGUGCUGAUAGGUAAAAUAGUAAAGCAGAAAGUGAUGGCUAAAAAAAUGGAACCAUUUGAGAACAGAAGUUUCCUGCAAGAUAAGAAAGACUUGGAGCAUUCUGAUCCAUUGGAUAGUGAACCUUCAUUUCAGGUUCUUCAUCCAUACUUGCAUUUCUACUUUCCAAGUAUAAUCAAGCAAUUUGGUUCCUUUGCUGACAAUAUAUUGGAAGCUGUAGGCUUACAGCUAAAAUGCCUCCCUUCCAAUGCUGUACCAGAUGUUCUUUGUUGGUUUUCUGAAAUGUGCUUGUGGCCGUACUCUGGAAACCCUAAGGGCCAUUCUUCGGUAGCAAGUGCUGGUGACUGUUUGAAAGCAUGCACUGCUGUUAAUGCCAAAGGAAUUGUUCUGUAUGUUCUCGAGUCCAUUGUUGCCAGACAUAUGGAAGCAAUAGUUCCUGAAAUGCCCAGAGUAGCAAAAAUUUUGGUGUCGCUAUGUCGAGCCUCUUACACAGAUGUUGCUUUUCUCGAGUCUGUUUUGUCUCUGUUGAGGCCGCUGAUAUCAUAUUUCUUACGAAAGGUUGGUGACAAUGAAAGGCUAUUGACCAAUGUUUCUCUCUACCAGGAUUUUGAGUUAUCAAGUUUUGAAGAACUGUUUGACAUUAUUAGUUGCAGAGAAGAAUCUGAGGAUGCAUCUCGACAGAAGAGCAUACGUCUAUCACUGGUAAUCUUCAUUCUGGGAUCUCUGUUUCCUGAUUUCUCAUUUAGCAAAAAGAUUGAAAUUCUGAAGUCCUUAUUAGGGUGGGUUGAUUUUACCACUUCAGAACCAACAUCUUCUUUUUAUGAUUAUCUUAGUGCGUUCCUAAAGGUCAUGGAUAGUUGUGAAGCAGUACUAGUGCAAUAUCUAACAUCAUUGGGCUUUGACAUUCCAAUUGAUCGGAUAUUGUUAUCUGAAGAAUCUAGUUCAGGGCAGAGAGUGGUCAAGUCAACAGAAGAUCUUGGAAGUGACAAGCCUGAUUCUGGUUUAUCCAUUCGUGAAAUCGAUUGUCUAUCUGCGCUCGAUAUUAAAGAAUUCUAUGUUGGAAUAGGGAAGUUGAUUUCCCAGCUCAUACCAGCUAUCGAGGUCAGCUGGAAAUUGCAUUAUCAGUUGGCCUUGAGACUCUCCUUUUCAAUAGCAAAAUGUGAGUUGUUGUCAAGAUGUCUGUAUGCUAUCAGUGAAACCAGUACAUAUUUCAAUGUUCAGGAUGUUCGAGCUAAUUCUAAAUGUGAUUUUGGUGAUCUCAAAUCUGAAUAUUGUACAAGUGCUCUUGAAGGACUUGUGGGAGUUAUAUCAACAAGUCAACAAAAUCAGUGUUGGCUAGUAUCUUCUGCUAUGCUCGAGUAUUUACUUAAGUUGCCGGAGGGUAUCUCUCUGGGCCGUGUUCUUAGUAGUAUAUGCUUUGUAAUCAAGUACUGUUGUCUUCAUGCACCAAGGAUUUCCUGGAGACUGCAGACUGAUAAAUGGUUGUCAUUAUUACUUGUGCGUGGUGUUAGUUGCCUCGAGAAUGGGGAGACCUCAUUGGCUGAUUUGUUCCAUACAAUGCUGAAUCAUCCCGAACCAGAACAACGUUCUAUUGCGUUGGGGCAACUAGGAAGAAUCGCUAAGCUGAGUAGUGACUUUGAUACAGUCACAGAAUCUUGCAGAGUUAAUCAAAAUUCAAUUGAAUCAGUAAUAUCUGUUUUAGUUUCUAAGACAUGGAAUAUAGUUGUCACAUUAGCUUUAUCCGACACUUCAGUGCUAUUAAGAACACAAGCAAUGGCAUUGCUUUCAGACUAUGCACCAUUUACAGAUAGAAAUCAUCUGCAGUCCUUUCUUGUUUCCAGUGAUACCAUUCUGCAGGGCAUGGGAAAACUUAACCAUACCAUUGAAGAGGGUUAUUUGACACAACUAUCACUAAUUCUCCUAGCAAAUGCAUGUCUUUAUUCUCCUGCUGAAGAUAUUAGUUUGAUACCUGAUAGUGUCUGGAGGAACUUGGAGAGCAUGGGAGUUUCAAGAGCUGUUAUGGGAGGGCUUGAUGAUGUAGAGAAACUUCUGUGCCAAGCUCUUUGUCGACUAAGGACUGAUUCUGUUGGUGCAAAAUCAGCUAUAAGUGAAGCACUUUCGUCCACCUCUACGGAAAAACCAAGAGACCCUGAUUUUGAAAGCACCCGUGAGUCAAUUCUCGAGGUCUUAUCUUCCCUUAGUUCUGUCAAGUCAUAUUUUGAUUACUUCUCAAGAAGAAUUGAUGGGGAGUCUCAGGAGUUAGAAGAAGCUGAGAUUGAGAUGGAGCUUCUUCAAAAAGAGAAAGUACUAGAAGAAAUUCCAGAGUAUCCACGCGAAGAUGCCCUUCAGUUUUCUUAUAUUAGAGAUUAUAAGGAUGAUAAUAAAACUAAUGAUCGGCUUCGGCAAAUUAAAGAUAACAUACGAUCCUUAGAACGGUCCAAGCUGAAAGAAGAAAUAAUAGCUCGUAGGCAAAAGAAGCUUCUUAUUAGGCAUGCCCGCCAAAAGUAUUUGGAGGAGGCAACUUCACGCGAAAUGGAGCUUCUACAAGAGCUUGAUAGGGAAAGAACAAGCGAGACAGAACGUGAAAUUGGGCGACAGCGGCAAUUGGAGGUUGAGCGUGGAAAGACUAGGGAGCUGCAGUUUAACGUCGAUAUGGAAAGGGAAAAGCAAACGCAGAGAGAGCUGCAACGGGAAUUAGAACAAGUUGAAUCUGGAGUUCGCUCGUCGCGAAGAGAAAUCUCUUCUACCCAAAACAGCCGGCCGAGGGAAAGGUACCGUGAGAGAGAGAACGCUAGAAGUGGACAGCAGCAGGAAGGAAGCCUGAGAGCAAGCAGCAGAGACCGCGAGGCCGGCACGUCUCAGUUGGUGGCUCAUGGUCCCACCACACCAACUAUAGUGCUUGCUGGAUCCAGAUCAUUUUCGGGUCACAUUCCAACAAUUCUGCAGUCGAGGGAUCGGGCUGCAGAUGAGCGGGGUACCACUUACGAGGAGAGUGUUGAGGGUAGUAGGGAUUCGGGGGACGGAAGUAGCAUUGGCGACCCAGAAUUGGGCUCAGCCUUUGAUGGAUUGGUUCCCAGGCAUGGAUCAAGAGGCAGUAGGUCGAGGCAGGUAGUAGAGAGGCGGGAGCGGGAGGGGAGGAGGGAAGGGAAGUGGGAGAGAAAGCACUCUUGAAUGACGAGGGAGGGAAAGCUAUUUAUCUUGUUGGAUGAAGCGGCGCAUUUUUCAGUUACGGCGGAAGAGGGAAUCAAACCGGAGUUUCCAGGUCUGUUAGUUUCUCUAGCCCUCUUUUCUGCUGUUUCUAUGUCAAUCAUGUUGGUGCGCGUUAGGGCCUCUAAGAUCUUUCUAUAUGAAAUACUCCCUCUCUUCAUUCAAUCUCUGCUCUUUCUAUGCUGAUCAUGGAUUCCCUUCCUGGGCGAGAAUAAACCCUAUGGAUUCCACCCUAUUUAUUUCCAAAGGAGAAUGCACCAUGUGUACAAAGAGUUAUGUCUAAUGUAUCACAGAAUUUAAGGAAAACAGAAAAAGAUCGAAGGGGUAAUCUUUAGGAACAGAAAAUGGGAAACUGCUGGUUGAAUCUGCACCACUUAAUGGUAACCUCUCCUUAGGACCUUCUCAGCUUAUGUGGGCUCUUUGCCUGUAUAUAUUUGUAAGUAUUAUAAGGGCUACUGCCCUUGAGCCCGAGUCAUUUUUCUGGUUAGGAGUGGUGGCUCUUCAAAUGUUUUCUAACAGUCAAAGCGGGUAGGAAAAGGUAUGUUUACCUACUUUUGCCCUAUGGUACACAAUCCAACGAUAUGUCUAAGAACACAUGGAACAUUGAUAAUGCGAAUGCUAUCGCAUGUUAAGGUAACCUUUUGGGUUAUAUGCGCCGAACUCUGUGCGAUACUCAGGCGCAUGCACGUGUCCAUCAAUUAUGCCCAAUUAUCCUGAUUCAUCAGGAAGAGCUGUGUAACAGAUUCCAAACUGAAUUUUCUAAUUAAACAUGCAAUAUACUUGUGAAAGCAUUAAAAAUCAAAA